ACACGCCUUUUCCCUGGCUUGCAUUUCUUCCGCGGCGAGGCGUCUGUGGAUGCGCGCCUGUGUGCGUGCGUGCAUGCGACAGGGCCGCGGUGCGUGAGAGAAGGACGAGCGUGCUGCUCCGCCUGACAAUGGAGCUGCACUAGGCGGGGGUCAGCGGGGGUAGCAGCAGCAGCAGCAGCAGCACCAGAGGCAGCAGCACUGCCACCGCGAGCCUCCGCCACCGCCGCCUCCUCAGCCUUCCCGCUGCGACCCGCUCCUCCUCCUCUCCUCCUCCUCCUCCUCCUCCUCCCUUGGCGAUGCCGAACCAGAAGAGUAACAAGGGCAAGAAGAACAAGCGCGCUAACAGCAGCGGGGACGAGCAGGAAAAUGGAGCCCUGGCCGCGACGGGAGUUGCAGGCGCCGGAGGAGUCCUGGCCGCCGUGGCUGCGGCCGGAGCAAGCGGGCCCGUGGCGGCUGCCGGAGGUGGAGGAGGCUCCGGGGGAGCGGCGGCAGCGACAGGCUCGGCUUCGGGCGACUCCAAAAACGAAGCACCUUGUGCUACACCACUGUUAUGUAGCUUUGGACGGCCUGUUGACUUAGAAAAAGAUGACUACCAGAAGGUUGUUUGCAACAAUGAGCAUUGUCCCUUCAGCACUUGGAUGCAUCUUCAGUGUUUUUACGAGUGGGAGAGCAGCAUUUUGGCCCAAUUUAAUUGCAUUGGAAGAGCGAGGAGUUGGAAUGAGAAACAGUGUCGGCAAAAUAUGUGGACCAAGAAAGGGUAUGAUCUUGCCUUCCGCUUUUGUUCUUGUCGAUGUGGGCAGGGCCAUUUAAAGAAAGACACAGAUUGGUACCAAGUAAAACGAAUGCAGGAUGAAAAGAAGAAGAAAUCUGUGUCUGAAAAAAGCAGUGGAAGAUCAACAUCAGAGUCUUCAGAAGAUCUUAAGAAGUGCAGGUCUGCUAACAAAUCACAAAAAGGUUUAAACCAUGAUAUCCAGCGACGGCAUUCAAUGGACAGGCAGAACUCUCAAGAGAAAGGCUCUGCUAGCGGUAGCUAUGCAGUCCGUUCUCCCUGUGGUUCUCCUGGGCAGUCCCCUCCAGCAGGUUAUUCGGUUCUUGCCCCCACCCAUUUCAGUGGCCCCCGCUCUUCACGAUACUUAGGAGAAUUUUUGAAGAAUGCCAUUCAUCUAGAACCUCAUAGAAAGAAUAUGGCCAAUAGUGGCAUGUUUAGGAAUGCUCACUUUGAUUAUGGGACAGCUGGGCUACAAGCACAUAGAUCAGGACAUUUUGAUGCUCCAGUACAAUUUUUGAGAAGGCUUGAUCUAUCUGAACUCCUUGCUCACAUACCUAGGCAUAAACUGAACACUUUCCAUGUCCGUAUGGAGGAUGAUGCCCAAGUGGGUCAAGGAGAAGAUUUACGGAAAUUCAUUCUUGCAGCGCUCAGUGCCAGUCAUCGAAAUGUUGUCAACUGUGCAUUAUGCCAUAGAGCAUUGCCUGUAUUUGAACAGUUUCCCCUGGUGGAUGGAACCUUGUUUCUUAGUCCAUCAAGACAUGAUGAAAUUGAGUAUGAUGUUCCCUGUCACCUUCAAGGAAGGCUUAUGCACCUAUAUGCUGUUUGUGUAGACUGUUUAGAAGGGGUUCACAAAAUUGUCUGCAUAAAAUGCAAAUCUCGGUGGGAUGGAAGCUGGCAUCAGCUGGGAACCAUGUACACUUACGACAUUCUAGCAGCCUCUCCUUGUUGUCAGGCUCGGCUGAACUGUAAGCACUGUGGGAAACCUGUUAUAGAUGUACGUAUUGGGAUGCAGUAUUUCUCAGAAUACAGCAACGUUCAGCAGUGUCCACACUGUGGAAACCUGGACUAUCAUUUUGUGAAGCCAUUUUCCUCAUUUAAAGUUCUGGAGGCUUAUUGACAAAAGCUUUGCCAUAGUAAUAGCUAUUUUAUGAGUAUUGUUCCAUUUAUUUUACAUAUCUUUUAUAAGAUCUGCUCUGUGAGGGGAGGGGGGCUUUUCUUUUUUCUAACUGAAAGGAAGUGCAGCAGCUUUGCGUGAUUGUGUACCUGUGUUCCUGUGUAGAUGUGUGUCAUUCAGACAGAGGUCCUCCUGCCAUGAUUUCAGUGAAGGCUAGAGAUGGGGCAUCGGGUCCUUUUUCUCUCUUCUAAAUAUCUCAUUUCCCUAGCUCUCCUCCAGGUGUGUUGGGAUCACGCUUCCUGGGUAUUCUGAAAGAUGUGGUUCCAUCGCAUCUGGGAAGGUACUAGGUGGGGAAGUCUGUCUAUAUUUACCCAGGCUCGGAGGGAAAAUUCCAUUCUAUUUCUCCUCUCUAUUGUUAAAUAAAACAGUGACUUCAAGAUGUGGAGAAGUUGUAGGUUGGAGAGAUGAACAGAUUUUCAUAAAUGGGUAGAAGAAAUAAAACUAUAUGUCUAUCCAGAUGAAGGGUGAAAUCCAACAUCAUGGGAGUGGAGUUUUGCUUAUAUGAAAAGUGGGCUACAGCCUUCCAGUAUGCCCUGAGAAUCAGGUCUGGAGGGUGGGAGACUCUUAGCAGAUUUUGAAAAUGUUGGGGGCAUAGGAAGUGGCUCCAAGCUAAGCAGCACUCACAUUACUACUGCCUUUUUCCAGGCACUCCAAUAUAUUUCAAAGCCUAAUACAACAUGGAUGAGGGAGGGGAGGCACACCACACGAUCCCAGAUUGUCAUAACCUCUCCAUUGCUUAAUCUUAAUCCACAAACUUCACGUGUGUAUUCAGAUCCUAUCUGUACAUUUUAGAUGAACUAAGC